UGCAAUUGAGCAAAAGUUCCGAACGGCAGAUAGGCAGCAUCCGGGCUUUGCGCCAUCGAUGUUCAUUUGCCCACACUGUGACGGAAGCGGUGGAUUUGUCGCUUAGCGCAGACAUCAAGGUGCUCCACGUCCGCUGUCGAGCCUGCCCAUUUUUCAAGCUGCACCAAGCCGCCUCAGCAAUCCCUUCCGUACGUCCAUCAAGGUGCUGAAUUGCUUAUCUCCCUCGGCGCAAUAAGAGGACCUGCACUCCAAGCUUUUUUACUCGCAGGACAAGAACCACCAAGCUGGGAUCGACUAAGCCAAGCGUUACUGAACUGUCAACCCACGCAUCUGGAUCUCGACGACCGUCUUGAUUUUAGGUCGGAGGCUAAACAAGUGCGCCAUUUGUAUACAGUACUAUAAGGCGAUCCCGCUGGACCCUCAUCUUCCCAAGUCGACGUGGUCCUACUUUGACUCAAGUAACACCCGGUUACCUUGAUCAUGGACGCCGCAGCUAUGGAAGUUGCACGACUCGUGCUACGUCAGGACCCAGGUUCCGAGUCGGACACAACGCCUACCUGCGCCAGCUCGAAUGACUACGAUGGACGCAUGGGCGUUCGCAUAUCGUCAAUCUUUGUGAUCCUUGUGGGUUCGGUAUGGGGUGCUAUAUUCCCAAUCUUUGCCAAACGUGCAAGGACUAAGCUGGUACCUGCCUGGACCUUCUUCGUUGCCAAGUACUUCGGUUCCGGAGUCAUCAUUGCAACAGCAUUCAUCCACUUGCUCGCCCCAGCAAACGAGGCACUCGGCAACCCAUGUCUCGUAGGCGAAACCAUUUCCUCAGACACGUACCCAUGGCCCGAGGCGAUUGCUCUCAUGACUGCCUUCGUCAUGUUCUUCCUGGAGCUGAUGACCAUGCGUUACGCCAAGUUCGGAGGCGGCCAUGACCACGACCACGGCGACAGCCACUCUCACGGCCACUCCCACAGCCAUGACGACGAGCACAGUCUCGAAGACAAGCGGGCUUCCCCGCAAGAAGCACCACCCCGGCCCUCCCACGUCCGCGGCGAGGACCACCUCGGCCACCAGCGCGACCACAUGGACAACUCAACUCUCGGCCCUAACUGGGAAGCGCAGGGCAUCAUCCCCGAGACGUACGCCGCGCAGCUGACUGCCGUCUUCAUCCUCGAAUUCGGUGUCAUCUUCCACUCCAUCUUCGUCGGACUGACCCUCGCCGUCGCAGGCGAUGAGUUCAUUACGCUCUACAUCGUCCUCGUCUUUCACCAGACUUUCGAGGGUCUCGGUCUGGGCGCGCGUCUCGCUGAGGUCCCCUGGCCGAGGAGCAAGCGCUGGACACCGUACCUUCUGGGUCUUGGAUACGGUAUCUCGACGCCCAUUGCUAUUGCGAUUGGUCUUGGUAUUAGGACCACUUUUUCGCCCGAGUCGCAGACUACUCUCAUCGUGAACGGUAUCUUCGACUCCAUCAGUGCGGGCAUCCUGAUUUACACUGGUUUGGUCGAGUUGAUGGCGCACGAGUUCAUGUUCAGCCCGUACAUGCAGAAGGGUCCCGUCAGCAGGACAUUGUACGCUUUCGGGCUCAUGAUCCUGGGUGCUGGGUUGAUGGCUCUGCUCGGUUACUGGGCUUAGGCAAAAAGUUAGACGGUACUUUGGGGAUAAUGAUCUUUUUGUUUCUGCGCGUGUUUAUAGAUGCCGAUACCCUAGAUUGUGGCGGUUGAGGUUGCAGUACAUUUCUUCGGACGGGACUUCGUAUCUGGGAUACGUAACGGGACGUGACCUUUUGUGAGCAUAUCCAUAGAGGAGGGCUGCUUCU